UACCCAGAAGUCCUGUGGAGACUUGCCUGUCAAAAAAGAGAGGAUAUCAAAAAGAAAAGAGCAGAAGUCAGGUAACAGCAUUCAUACUGCACUGGUGAAGAUCACAGCCAAACUCUCAAGGGGACUUUCUCUUCAGAUUCUCUCGGCUCAAAGCAUGGAAUGGAUGAUUUAAGACAGCAACGAAACUUUUCAGGAGGAAGUUCAGGAGACAGAGGCAUUACGGAAACAACAAUCUCCACUACUAGAAUUACAUCUUUACCUCCACGGGGCUUCAGUGCAUCCGCCAACAAGGGCAUGUCAAGUCUCUCUGGGUCUCCUGGCCUGGAGAAGAACAUUUUGACUCAAAACAGCAGUCCUUUUUUCUCAUCCUCAUCUGUGGGUGUGAGUGCGGGUGGGUUAGGCUCUGGAUCAGGGGAAUAUCUGGUUGAGGAGACAACUGUGAGCAGGAAGACUGGUGCUUCUGGAGUUGUCUCUGGAUCGGGAAUUGGGUCGAGGGUGAAAUCCAGCUCCACUGAUGGAAUGAGAAGAACACAAGACUCCGCUUUGUUUAUGGAAAGGAAAAGCAAAACUUCUCAUUCACGUCGCUAUGAUGGAAGUUCAAGUGACAACUCAUCCCCAGAAAUAAAAAGAAAAGACUACGGUUCAACUAGAGGAAGGAGUCAAAGCAGAGAGACGGAAAUCAGGACCAGGCUACAGAGUGCAUCUCCCUCCACUAGAUGGACAGAGUUGGAUGAUGUGAAGAAGCUGCUGAAGGGAUCACGUUCGGCCAGCGUCAGCCCCACACGAUCUCCCUCCUCCUCCCCACUCCCUAUACCUCGUAAGGCUAGGACCUUAGACACCAAGAGAUCCGCCAAUGCAGUCGAGCAAUAUGACACCACUAUUGUUGACGCUGACCUGGCCUCAUACACAUGGAACAGCUCCACACUGCCCUCUACAGUCUCCACCGCUACUCCCUACGCCUUUCACAGCAACACCAACAACAUGUCAACAGGAGCUGCUCUUGUUAACAGCACAUCGCCAUCCUCCUUAUCAGUGUAUGGCUUCCAAAACAAUUUAGCUCCUGCGAGUGGAGUUCUAACUUCCAGUGGAGCGAACACACACUCAGGAUAUGGAGUGCAGAAGAAUUAUUUGACAAGUCCCAGCAGCACUGUCUCCACUGCAGGAUAUGGAGUGCAGAAGAAUUGUUCCUCAAGUCCCAAUUGCACUCUUGGUGUUGGCACAGGCGUUUCCACUGCAGGAUAUGGAGUGCAAAAGAAUUAUUCCUCAAGCCCCAACGGCACUCUUGCUGUUAGCACAGGCGUCUCUACUUCAGGAACUGGUACAAGGACACUUAAUGAGACUGUGCAAAAGAAAUACUUGACGCUGGAGAAAGAGAAUAUUCCAUUGAAGAGAGAAACCGACGAAUUUAUCCUGACCAAAGACAGCGGCAAGCAGUUUACCAAAAGCGCCUCCAAUGGGACAGCAGGGUCAUAUUCAGAUGUUUCAGUGAAGAAGGAAAUGAUGAUGACCAGCUACUCUGAAAGUGCUCCAGUGAAGUCUAGCUCUGGCGCACAUUAUGGAUCUACAUCAGCAACAAAAGAUAAAGCUACAUAUGCAGAGAUUCAUAAGGCUAAGGUUGUUGAUGACUAUGAUGACGGCUGUAACUGUGGAGCUGGUGUUUGUGGAUGUGGGCCAAAGUGCUGUUCCUGGUGGAAGUGGCUGCUGGGGUUUUUGCUAAGCCUCCUGCUCCUCCUCGGCCUUCUGUUUGGACUCAUUGCUUUAGCUGAGGAGGUAAAGGCACUAAAGUCUCGUGUCACCGCUCUUGAAGAAAUGUCCUCCUCCAUGAAAGCCCGCACAAGUCGUCUGUCCUCUGAUGUUGAUGACAUCGGCCUAUAUAAAGAACGUGGAAGUAAAGCGGCAUAUGUUAAUUCACUGGAUUCAUCUUAUUCAGACGAUUCUGUGCUGCAGAGAAAUAUACAGCAAAUGCUGAAAGCAGAGCUGAAGUCUGAAACCAUGAAAGCCUACCUUGCUUCAUCAGUCGUAGCUGGACCUCCAGGGCCUAAAGGUGACAUCGGAUCUCCAGGAACGAAGGGAGAUAAUGGUUUUCCAGGCCUGCCAGGUCCACCAGGAAUGCCAGGACAUCCAGGAAGAGAAGGACAAAAGGGAGAAAAAGGAAUUACAGGUGAACAUGGUCCAGAGGGACCACCAGGUUUUAGAGGAAGAGAUGGUCAACCUGGACCCCGUGGAGAGCCAGGACCCCCAGGAUCUGGAGAAAAGGGUGAAAGGGGUAUUCCUGGUCUUCCUGGCUCUCCUGGUCUUGUUGGUCCACCUGGGCCUAAAGGUGCUAGUGGUUUACAUGGUGAACAAGGCCCUCAAGGCUUCAGAGGUGAACCUGGCCCUGCCGGGUCUAAAGGUGAUAGAGGACUUCCUGGUCCACCUGGAAUUAAAGGUGAUCAUGGUGAAAGAGGAGAAAAUGGAUUGCCAGGUACUCCUGGUGCUGCUGGACGGCAAGGGCCAGCCGGUGAGAAAGGAGUUAAAGGAUCAGCAGGGCCUCAAGGACCUGAUGGUGAAAAGGGACAAAGAGGUGAGCCAGGCUCAAUUGGCUUACCAGGAAUCAGAGGACCACCUGGGCCACCCGGCGAUCCUGGGCAACAAGGAACUCAAGGGAUUCAAGGACCUCCGGGUCUACCUGGCAAUCCUGGUCAGCCUGGAGCUAAAGGUGAGAAUGGUGAGCCUGGAAGAGUGAUCAAUGCAGCAGGUUCUAGCUCAGUAGCAAUCCCAGGACCACCUGGAAGCCCUGGACCCCCUGGCCCACCUGGAUCUCCAGGACUCUCAGGACCCAUUGGCCCUGCUGGAAUUCCUGGACAGCCUGGUCCUAAAGGUGAUAAGGGAGAUCAAGGAGAACCGGGUAUUUCUGUUAGCGCUGAUGACACUAUUUCAAUGCGAACUGAAAGACAGUAUGGUGCUCCACAUGUUGCUGGACCACCUGGUCCUCCUGGUCCCCCAGGGCCUCCUGGACGUCCAGGCGAUUCUAGACCAGGACCACAGGGACCACCUGGCGAGCCAGGCACACCAGGAUAUGGCAGACCUGGUCCUAAAGGAGACAAGGGAGAUCCAGGAAACUUUGUGCCUAACUCAGGAACAUUUUUUGCGGGACCACCUGGGCCACCAGGAGCACCAGGGCCUAAAGGAGCAACAGGUGCCCAAGGUCCAAGAGGAUACCAAGGGGAACCAGGUCAGCCUGGCCUUCCAGGGAGUCCUGGUAGAGUUAUCUCUGAGUAUGGCGUGGCUCAAGGACCACCAGGUCCCCCAGGACCUCCUGGAGCACCUGGACGAGAUGGCCGUAAUGGGGAACCAGGAGUACCAGGUACAUCAUCGUACCGAGGCGAAUCAAGAGGAGGAGUUGCAGUUGGGGCCCAAGGGCAGCCUGGUCCUCCAGGACCUCCUGGUCCACCUGGUCCUCCAGGUCAUUCUGGUGGAUCCCAUUCUGCUGCAGACUUUCAUCAUUACAUCACGGAGUAUAUGCACAGUGACAGCAUGAGGCAGCAUUUGUCUAGUAUUCAGGGUCCACCUGGUCCACCUGGACCUUCAGUGUCCGUGGAGGACGUGGCGUCUCGGGUUAUCGCUUACAUUCAGCGCUCUGGAAUUAGUGGUAACAGUAUUAGCCAAGGUCCUCAAGGACCUCAAGGACCUCCAGGACCUCCUGGCCCACCUGCAAGUAUAAGUGCUGAAUACAUCAUUUCCCUCUUACAGAGAGAGGAUGUGAGGCGUUACGUGGUUGGUCCUCCAGGACCAGCGGGAUCACCUGGGCUUAGUGCUAGUACCUUUAACGCACAGGAAGUGGCAAGAUAUGCCAUCAGAAUGAUGAAUGAGCAGGGAAUGAUAAGCAGAUCUGGACUACCAGGUCCUCCCGGCCCACCUGGCCAGCCUGGCCAGCCAGGUGCUUCCCACAGUGACAUAACCGCUCUACUUCACAAGUCAGGGCUUGGUGGAGGCAUUGGACGUCCUGGGCCCCCUGGGCCUCCUGGUCCUCAAGGAAUUCAGGGACCCCCUGGUCCGCCCGGCAUCUCAGGAGGCUCCUCUGCAGUCUCAGGUUACAAACUAGAGGAGAUCCAGCUCUACCUACAGAAAUCUGGUUUUAGGGGACCUCCUGGCCUACCUGGUCCACCAGGACCCCAGGGUCCUCCAGGAGACACUAGGGGCAUUGUAUCAUAUACAGGAUCUUCUGCACGAGAACAGAUCCGUGCUGAGCUGCAGGACUACCUAAACAGUGACACUAUGAGGCGCUACGUUCACGGUAACCCUGGGCCUCCCGGACCGCCUGGUCAAAAGGGUGAACGUGGUGAACCUGGACAGAGUUAUCACAAUGCCAGAGGCCAGUACCGCUAUGGCUCUGAGAUCAGUGAACCAGUGGACUACUCCAAUGUUGCAAUCAAAGUGACUGAUUACAUUAAGAAUCAAGGUAUACUACAGGACCUGACAGAGGGAUACUGGAGAACGCACGCAGGAAGAAUCCAAGGACCAGCUGGGCCUCCUGGUCCUGCCGGUCCCCCCGGCCAACCUGGGUACAGCCGUGUGAUUGGAACCUAUGGAAACGUGACGGCUGACUUAAUGGACUUCUUUAGAACACAUGGGACCAUUCCAGGGCCUCCUGGCAGGCCAGGACUCAAAGGAGACAGAGGAUACCCUGGACCUAAAGGAGAAAAAGGGGAAACAGGGAGCUCAGGGAUACCCGGCCUUCCAGGACAAAGAGGACCAGAGGGACCAAGGGGAGAAAAGGGUGAAAAAGGUGAUUUCGAGACUGGUCGAUGGAUUCGGAGCAAAGGUGUGUAAAGGCUUCCAUGGAUGCACUUACAGUGUGAAGAAACAAUACAUAUCUUAAAGAAGAUAAAUUCAUAAACUAGCCUCUUUCUAUGAAGUAACACAGCGCAGAGGCUUGUUUGGGUCA